UAAGAGCCUUUUUUUUGCUGACGUGGUGGACCACAUCCAAUCAAAGUCCCGAAAAUGCCAAAAACUCGGUUCGCCUCUCACUGUUCGGAACCCGCUCUUCACCGUUCCAACAUAAACCCUAGCUCAACGUGAGGCGAUCGUCGCUUCCGCGCGUCGCUAACCCUAGCCCUCGAUCCGCUCCAUCCUUCAUGUUGAGGCGACAAUGGCGUCCGCUUCCGGGGCGCUCUGCAUCCUCUCGAUCCAAUCCCCCCGUUAUAGGAAUCGAACUCGCGAAUUGAAGGGUUUGCGUUUUACCAAUUUGGGAUUCGGUUGUCGCGGGAGAUCGCGGUGGGUCUUUGUGGUUAGGGCUUCGGAUGGGCACUCUGUUGAUCCGGCUAAGGAUGAGGGGGGUGUGGGGGGUGGAGUUCGUGGGGAGGUGGAGAAGAAUGAGUUGGGUUUCUUCGCGGAAGGAAAAAUUGGUUCUCUAAGGGAAAUGGUGGUUGCUCUGCCCUCAUCCGUGCUCGCGGUGAGAAAAAAUAUUGAUUCAAAGUUCACUCUUGGUGUAUGCAUAACAUUUGCAAUUUUGAUGAUUGUUGCAAGACAAAUUAUGCUUAAAAUGCAGAGCCAGAGCAACCAAGGUUCUGUUGCUGACCUUGUAAGGCGUGGCCAGUUAAAAUCUGAUCGAAGAGGCAUCACAAAGCCUUUAAAAUAUGACGACCCUUUUAACAAUCCUUUAGUAAAGAUGGACAAGGAUAAUUCAACUAUUCAAAUGUUUGGGAAGGUUUAUCGCUUGGCUCCUGUUACCCUUACCAAAGAGCAGCAAUCAAUCCAUCAGAAGAGGAGAUCGCGUGCAUACCAGUGGAAGAGGCCAACGGUUUUUCUCAAAGAAGGUGAUUCCGUACCACCAAAUGUCGAUCCUGAGACGAUCAGAUGGAUUCCAGCCAAUCACCCAUUUGCAGCUACUUCCAUUGACAUCGAUGAGGACAUCGCCAAAAGCAAUGUGUAUCAAAAGGACGGCGUUCCCUUUCGCGUUAAAGCUGAGCAUGAAGCGUUGCAGAAGAAACUGCAAUCUCUACGAGAUCAUCCACAAUUCAAGUCAUCGGAGAAACCACAAGAGCCGCCGGAAAACAGUAAGCCUGCUAAUAACAAGAACAACCACAUUGCGUCGAAGUCCGGCGAGGACUUUGAUAUUUCCGAUAGCGGGUCACGACAUGAAUUGAAUGGAAACUUAGAUUGACCAAUUCAAUGUUACUUUCAAUAGCUGUUUGGAUAGUUUUCUGUAAAUAGAAAAUUUUCAAAGUCAACUUGCAGUUUUGUUGUACGAGUCUCAGAAAAUAGAGAUGAGAUACAGGUCCAUUUUUCUUUUACGUGUUGUUUUGUUUGGCCAAAAGGAAAUUAUAUGUAGAUCUUACUGAAUGACUUUCCUCUUAUUGCUUCCGAUUCGUUCGUUGUGCUUCUUUCUAAAUCAAA